CACAGCUCAGCUCAUCAGCAAACUAUGUGGGACUUCUGUGCCAGGCAUUCAGAGAUCUUCUGGUUCUUCCCUAUAUAUGAGAUUUCAAUCAAACAGUCUGGAGAGACGGUCUGGAUUCAAUGCUAAGUAUUCAAGAGCGGCAUGUGGUGGCACACUGACAGGACAAAAUGGACUCAUUGAAAGUGUUGGAUUCCCUGAACUUUACUAUCCAGAUAAUUUGUUAUGUGAAUGGUUUCUCCAUGGACCUGAGAAUCAUUAUCUUACCAUUACCUUUGAAGCACUAGAUAUUCAGAACUCACUAGAGUGCGCAAAUGACUACUUGAUAAUUCAAGAAAAUGGAGCUACAGGGGACUUAUUAGGUAGAUACUGUGGUGCUACUAUACCUGAUCCUGUGGACACUGCUAGCAACUUGGCCUACAUCAAGUUUGUCACUGAUGAAUCCAUCAACGCCCCAGGCUUCAGGUUGCGUUUUGCUGCUAGUGCUGAAGAGUGUGGAGGUGAACUUAGUGGCACGGUGGGGACAUUUUCCUCUCCCAACUACCCAAAUCCUUUCCUGCACAAAUUAAAAUGUGAAUGGAGAAUCAUAGUGCCAUUUGGACAUCGGAUCACCCUUACCAUCAACGACAUGAAUUUUGGAUCCAGCCAGAAUUGUAGUUUGAAUUAUUUGGCAGUUCAUAAUGGUUUUGGUGAAAAUACUCCAAGGUUAUCCAAACUGUGUGGUAUGGUGACAUCCGGCACUCAAGUUAAAUCCUCUGGCAACAAGAUAACGGUAGUUAUGGUAACAAGCCAAGAUGACUCAGAGGCCAGCUUCAGAAUUACAUACACUUCUGAUGAAGAUGCAGUGUGCGGUGGACUGUUGCUUAGUUCAGAGAAUGGUAACCUCACUUCUCCUGGUUAUGAUGGCACUAGCAAUUAUAUUGAUAACCUGAACUGUGAAUGGAUCAUCCAAAAUCCACAGCCAUCCAUCACAACUAUUUAUCUUUCUUUAGAAGACUUCCAUUUGGAACAACAUAUUAAUUGCCAGAAUGAUUACAUAGAAAUUCGACAAGGAGACAGUAAUGGAGACCUUUUGUACAGACUAUGUGGACACAGGACACGUCUAGAGCCACUGUUAAUAGCAGCUUCUCAGAUCUGGGUACAGUUUUUGAGUAAUAGUGAAAAUACAGACAAAGGAUUCAUUAUGCACUACUCAUCUUUUG